UUGCACCAAUUUGCACAAUCAUAUAAUGCCAAAUUGCCAUUUUAAUUUGAUUUCAAUUCGAUAUUUUGUUAUAAAUAUACUCUUUGUCAUAAAUCCACGGUAAUUCGGUAAAUUAAAUACACGUCGUUACACUGUAUACUUUGUACUUCGUACUUAUCAAUUGAUGGAGAUUUAAAGUAUUACUUCAUAAAAUCCAAAUAAAACCAACAUCAUGGAGUCUGCUGGUGAUUGGUGUCUUAUAGAGAGUGACCCCGGGGUGUUCACACAGUUAAUCAAAACAUUCGGUGUAAAAGGGGUUCAAGUUGAAGAAAUGUGGUCAAUGGAUGAAGGAGAAGGUAUAUUUGAUAAUUUAAGGCCUGUCCACGGACUUAUAUUCCUAUUCAAAUAUUUACAACAUGAGGAGCCACAACUUCCCGUUGUGAAUGACAGUCGACUAGAAAAGAUCUAUUUUGCGAAACAGGUUAUAAACAAUGCAUGUGCAACACAGGCUGUUAUUAGCCUGUUAUUAAAUUGUGAUCAUCCAGAUGUAGACUUGGGCCCUGAAUUGACCAAGUUAAAGGAAUUUAGCAUGUCAUUUGAUCCAAAAAUGCGAGGACUCACCUUAAGUAACUCGCAAACUAUACGAAGUGCUCAUAACUCAAUGUCAAAUCAAACACUUUUUGAGUUUGAUCAAAAGAUGCCCGCUAAAGAUGAAGAUGCUUACCACUUCGUCGGUUACAUUCCCAUAAACGGUCGGCUUUAUGAGCUAGACGGUUUACGUGAUGGACCUAUUGACCAUGGACCCAUUGCUCCAGAACAAGAUUGGCUCGACGUUGUGCAUCCUAUCAUCAUGAAAAGAAUUAAUAUAUACACCGAGGGUGAAAUACAUUUUAACUUGAUGGCACUCGUGUCUGAUAGAAAAAUGAUAUAUGAGCGACAAAUCGGAGAAUUGAUGCGGGAAACACAAAUGCUCGGGAUGGAAACUGACGACACGGAAAAAGAAAUCCGUAGAUUGAAAAUGUUGAUAGAAUAUGAGGAUGCUAAGAUGUUAAGAUACCGUCAAGAAAUGGCGCGGAGGAGACAUAACUACCUACCAUUCAUAAUAACGCUUCUAAAAAUAUUGGCAGAGGAAAAGAAACUGAUGCCAUUAUACGAGAAGGCUAAAGAGCGCGCCCUUAAAAAGGGUCAGAAGAAACUAAAAGUAUAACAGAAAGCUUCGGGAGGGCGUAAGGGUGAACGAAAUCGUCCCCUACGCCGCGUCUCCCAGUCUAGCCCUUCAAGGGUACUCCCUCCCUCUGAAAAUACAUAUUCCUUAGCAGAUUUAGACUCUAUAUUCACUGAUCCACAAGAAUCCAUUAAUCAGAGUUUCGAAUCUCAAACGUUGGAAAGUAGCUUUGAAUUGCCCAAAUUUGACAUGGAAAUGCCUGAUGACUUUUUAAAAGACGUUAUUUUAGAACCGGGAUUGGAUCACAACCUAUUGGAUGUUGACAAUAUUUUUGGUGACAGUAUGAUGACAGAAAGUGCUAAUAAUACUACUAUACUAGACGCCGAUGAAUUGCUUGUUGAUAGCUAUUUAUGUAAGCCAGAGCCCGAA